UUAGGACUACAGCAAUAAUAAAGAAAGUAUAUAAACUUAAUUGACCCCAACUAAAACAUUCCAUCUUCUCCAGGGUACGUCUGGUCCCGUUCUCAAAAUCUUAUUCACUGUUUUCGACUAGAAUAUCGUCCCUCGCACGUCGGACUGAUGACAAAUGCUCGCGGGGUUUCGGUUGAGAUCGGUCGUCUCCCUUUCUUCCUUGAUGAGUAAAGAAAAUUGUCAGACCGACGAUUAACCUAUCUCGUUCUUUCCUUCAAAGCACUGCAUGAACAGGUCAUGUCCACUACGAUGCGCCAACCAGUCAUGACUCUAGAGCAGGGUAAUGUGGCAGCACUUCUCUUUGAAAGUAAAGUAGCAGUUCAUUUCAUGUCAAAGAAAUGGCUCAGAGGAGAGGUAUGCGUGUGUUGCGAGGUCCCGACUGGGACAAGGGGGAGGAGGAUGGAGGAGAGGGACAUGUGGGCACAGUCACUGAAAUUCUCAUGAACAACAUGGUACGAGUGGUGUGGGACAAUGGGAAAGAAAGCAUCUGCAGAUCAGGCGCAGGGGGCAAGUUUGAUCUGAGGAUUUUUGACUCUGCUCCUGUGGGUGUUCUUCAUUCAGGUGUCACAUGCGCAGGGUGUGAAAAUGACCAGAUUUAUGGCAUGCUUUGGCAUUGUAAAGAAUGUAAAUGUUGCAAUUUAUGCUCACUAUGCUAUGUCAUGGACAAGCAUGAUCUUCGACAUGAAUUCUUGCGCUACAGCGAGCCAGGAAAUCCUGGAGAGUCAAUGAAGAAACGAUCCGUAAGUCUUAAGAUCAGAGCUAUGGGUAUCUUCCCAGGUGCUACAGUUCAGAGAGGGAAGGACUGGUCAUGGGGAGACCAAGAUGGUGGUGUAGGUUCAGUUGGUCAUGUGGAAGGUUUUGAAGAUGUUGCUCCCAACUCGUCGAGAAACAUGAUGCGAGUGAGGUGGCCAAAAGGCAACACAAACAGCUAUCGCUUAGGCUAUCAGGGCUAUGUUGACCUCAAGUGCAUAGAGGAGGAAGCUGGAACAUAUUACUACAGGGAUCAUCUACCUGUUUUGUCCACAGUUGGAGUUCAAGAGAUUCGUGAAUCCGCAGCUUCUGGCAGCAACAUGCGUUCUUUAUUUGCCACAAAUUAUGAAGAUGAAAUAUCAGAAGGUGCAAUAGAAUCACCUAGGCAAAAAGAAGAGAUAAAACUGCAGGUUGGAGACAAAGUGACAUUACGAGUUGGUGAAGACAGGCUAAGGGAGAUGCAGCUCAAAUAUGGAGGUGUCACAGCAGGCAUAAUCAAGUGUCUUGGCAAAACGGGGGAAGUUGUAGGCUUUGCCCCCAAUGGCGCCAUAUCAGUGAAAUUCAAUGCAAUCACCUACCGUUUUAACCCACAAAGCCUAUUAAAGGUGCCACAACUAAACAGUGGAGAUGUUGUUCGUAUUCGAUCGGAUCCAGAAGAGAUGAAAGUUCUUAAUCAAAGGAUUGGCUGGAAGUCAGAAAUGACUACAGCUCUAGGCAAAGUUGGACGUGUAACCAGAGUUGAUGAAGAUGGAGACGUUGUGGUAGCUUUUGGUCAGCAUUCCUUCGUGUUUACCCCAGCAUGCUGUGAACCUGAUCUAAAUGCCUCACUUGACUCUCUUCAAGGCUACACCAGCAGUGAAGCUGCCAGCAGUAGCAAAAGUAGUGACGAAUCAGACUCAAAUGAUGACUAUGGAGUGCUCCAUCAAGAGAUGAUGAAACUAGCAGCACGAACGUUGGCUGAUGUUCUUGGCAGGGGUGGACUCCAACGAGGAGGCCAGGAGGGGAGAAGACCAAGUUCUGAAGGCAGUGAUAAGGGAAUUGAUGGUCUGCUUAGAGCAGUUAUAAAGGGAGAUAAAGAUAUUGUCAAGUCCAUAUGUCAGAGCAACCGAAGCUUGCUGAACUUUGUUCACAAAGGCAUGACCCCACUGAUGGUUGCAUGUCAUGAGGGUCAACAAGAAGUGGCAAAGGCUCUGCUAGAACUUGGUGCAGAGAUCAACCGAGUAGAAAAUGGCAGUACUGCUCUCAUGGCAGCCUUAGAAGGGAAGAAGGAAAAGAUGGCAUUGUUUCUUCUUGAGAAAGGAGCUGAUCCACACUUGCGUAACAAUAAGAAAAGAAAUGCCAUACACCUUGCUGCAUAUCACAACAUGCCUGAGGCCAUUAAAGCUCUUGUGCUCAAAGGGGCAGAUGUUAAUGCCAAGGACCAAUAUGGAGACACGCCCCUGGUUGAUGCUAUUGAACAAGAAAGUAAUGAAGCAAUAGACAUGCUGGUGAGAGUGAAGCCUAUUGACCUACAGGCCACAAACAGGAACAACUUUAAUGCUCUUCAGUAUUCCUGCUUAAAGGGAAACGCCUAUGCUACUGAAAAGAUCCUUCAGCGGGAUUCCUCGAUUGUGGACAAGAAAAUGGAUGAGAAGUUCUCUGCACUUCACAUCGCUGCCAACAAUGAUCAUGUGGAGUGUAUUCGUCUUUUAGUCAAAACAGGCAAGGCUAAUGUCAACAUUGUAGGAGAUAAAAGACUCACACCUCUUCAUCUCGCCUGCAUCAAAGCUCAUUACCGUUCUGUGGAGGCACUUCUGGAAUCAGGUGCAAAUGUCAACCUUCAGGAUGAAGAUGGUGACACUGCUCUUCACAUUACUCUUGGUGUACGGGUUCAAAAUCCUGAGAGUCUAGCUGGCAGAGAAAACAUAAAGCAGCGUGCUCGCAUUGCCUGCGUGUUGCUGACAAAGGGAGCCUACGUUGACAUUACCAACAAAAAGGGUGCCAUGCCACUUCAGUGUUGUCCACAUGAAGUACUCCGUCAGACUGUGAAGCAGUUUAUUGUAGAAAAUCCAAAUGUCAUCAAGCAGAGAGGAGGUGGCAGUGGUGGAACAGCGGCACAGAGAGCCUCCCCUGGCCUCAAUUUCCUUUUGCAAGGUUUGAACCUGCCCUGUGGUCGGUGCAUGCGUCCAGCAGACAUUACUUUAAUGCCAUGUGGGCACAAAACAUUGUGUCGCUCAUGUUGUCUCCUAAUAACUGAGUGUCCACUGUGUGAUGCUCCCAUUGAACGACGCUUGGCAAAACGAUCAGAUUCUGUCCAAAGAGAGUUGGAGGAAGCAUGCAAACAGAUGUAGAAAGUGGUGCCCAAACUUUUCUCGCUCAAGGGCCACACUGGACAUGAUAUAAAAUCUUGCAGGCCAAAACAUGGCGGUUUUGCCAGAAUCAUGAUGUUAAAAAUGAAAUUGUGUUGUUUGCUUAAAAUGAGAGGGCUUGAUGAGGCACCACCAUAGGUUGGGUACUCCUGGUCUGUUGUAUACAUGUAAAUUUGAAAUUUGUUUCUUGGCUGAUGGCAACUCUUUUUCCUUUUACAUACACUGUUUUCAUUGCGCUUUUAGCCACACCUCUCCAAAAACUUAUUGCCUGGAAUCUGCUGAAGUGGCAUAAGGAUGAAUACUAUUAUCUAUACUUUUUCCCUCUCAUAAAUUAACUUUGAUAUUAGAAGUGCAAGUGGCUUUGCUUGAUGCAAGAUCUUUAAAUCUGUAAGUCAUCUAGUUAUCAUGUGCUCUGCAUAAUGCUGUUUUUUUUAUGGUUAAGGAGACCAAACUCAAACUAAAAAAAAAAAUGUAAUUGACUGCUUCUCUGCGAUAGGAUUUCUGAUGCAUGUAAAGUGUGUAAUAAGGCAUCUUUUAAAAUAUCUUUAUUUCGUGUAAUAAGUUUAGAAUAUUUUUACCUGUGAGUGUUUUAUCAUUUUUUUCAGUUGCUGAAGAUUGAAAAAAUAUUGUAGAGAAAAUAUUUAUUUGCACGUUUUACUCAAGAAAGAUGGUUCGGAAAGAUUGUCAUUCCCAGUAUUAUCACUAGCUCUGAUGAAGAAAAAUGACUAUUUGAUGGGUUCUACCCCUGCCUAUGCGUUUUUUAAAGAGGUCAUAGAAGCAGCUUCACCCAAAUCCCAUAAGUCACAGGCUGUUCAAAAUCAAUCAACUAGUUGCAAUAGAUAUGACAAAUUUGCAUUCAAGUCUCAGGCUUUCAUGAGUGUAACCAAGAAUAAUCCACCUGUACCAAAUGGUGCUUUGUUUUGAGUGCAUGAAUGGCAAGAAUGGAAUGAGGUUGUGGUAAUCCAUUUAACGAUGACUGCACACAUUGCUGGUUUGUGCAUGCAUUUGUAUUGUUUUCUUUAUGGCAUGAGAGGUGACAGUUAAACAGUUCCAGUAAAAAUUUCGUAUGCUCAGAUUUCGUAAGCUUAUGUUUUCAGAGAUAUUUUUCAAGGCAGUUGGUGAUUGUGCAUGACUUACCAUUAUGCUCAGAAAGGUCAUUUUGAAGGAGUGUACUGCUUGUUUUACAAAUAGAUUGUUCAUUCCAGCUUAACAUACGUUUUAGUCAAACAUAAAUUACAUUAUAUAAUUAGAUGUUGCGUGUGUAUAUAUAUAUAUGUAAAAAUCUAAUAAUCGCAUUUUCAAUGUUCUGACAAAACUGAUGAUAAACUCUUGCUUCUUGGAGAAAUAUAUUGGAAGUAGAUGCCUAAAUUAUGUCAUAAAAUCAUGUAAUGUUUUGUACGAAUGUAUUGAAAAUCUUAAGCAUAAUUAAAAGCCAUUUUUCCCC